AUGGAUGUCAGGAGUCUUUCAUUAUGUUUGUUCUGCUUGACUUCCCUUGUCAGAGCGGGUCCCGUUUGUAAGUGCUUGUCAGAGGGUGAAAACUUCGUCUACGCGUGCACGUGCUCAGGUGUUGAGGUAAGAGACCUGUCUAGUAUCUUCUCGUCUGGCCUUUGCGCCAACGCCACACCCUCCAAACUGGUGCUAAAGGACAUGCCAAAUCUCGUCCAAAUUGAUGACGGUUUUGAGGCUCCUGCGUCUAGUGGCUGUGCCGGCUGGAGCAGUCUUACUGCGCUAGAAAUCCACCAAACAGGCCUACAAAACAUUACCUCCACGACAUUCCGUGGCCUGCACGACCUCGAAUUUCUGGACAUCUCAAAUAAUUCACAGCUUGUCAGCUACCGUGAGGAGGUCUUCCGGUCAGUUGGCAGCACUCUAGUGGAUCUAGUCGCUACUGACAACCGCGUCCAUUCUUUGACUCGUCGGGUAUUCUCUGGCCUGAAGCGUCUACGCCGUCUCACGCUUAGCAGGAACAAGAUUGGUUAUAUUGCAGCUGAGGUGUUUUCUAGUGACUGCUGCAGUGAACUUACUGAGCUCCGUUUGGACUACAAUAUUCUCACAGACCUUGAAGACGAAACCUUCCGCGGACUAACUUCACUGCGUAUACUUGACCUGCGUGGUAACCCAUUGCAGCGGUUGUCGCCCAAUCUAUUCAAGCCUUUUGCGGCCACGAUAACACAUCUCUGGAUGAGCCAUGAUGACAACGCCAACUUUGGUGGAUUUGGCGAGUUGCCCAAAGGCCUCUUUCUGCAAAUGAACUCUCUCAGAGUGCUCGAGAUCGUGGAGCUAAAACUUCGAAACCUGUCUUCCGACUCAUUCGAGGGCUUAUCAAGUCUUGAACAGCUGUCUCUUCGUGGAAAUCGUCUAACUGAGAUCCCUUCUAACAUUUUUUCAUCCUUGCCCGGUCUCGAAACACUGGACCUUUCUGCUAACUUCCUCGUCUGCCUACCGGAUGCUUCUUCUGAGAGAUAUCAGCGCUUGCGGUGGCUAGAUAUUUCCUGGAACGGACUCACUCACCUGACCCGCAACGGUUUUGUGGGUCUAGCGAGAUCUCUCCCCACCAUUGAGUAUCCUAGAUUCGUGCUCAACAUCUCCGCUAACCCCAUCCAGCGAAUUGAACCAGACGCUUUCUGUGCCCUCGGUGGACCAGUGGAGUUAAUUGUUAGUUCGCCAAAUGCCACUGUGCCAACUAUUCAGGACUCCAAAGCCUGGAACACCAUGGAGAAUUGGCCGGAUAAUCCGUUUGCUUUAGUCGGCAAUUCAAGCAUUAUUCGUGGUAUGCUUAAAGCUUCAACAAGUGCCUCAAGUGCCCCUGCAGACCCUGUCUACGGACGAAAUGAUUAUCUCCUAGCUUGCUCCCAGACUUCGCAAGGCGCCAUGCUUCUGAAUCGUUUGCUGGAGUCCAAACUCUACAAGCAAGUAACAUACACCGCCAAGGAAGUCAACACUUCUUUGGCUUCCGGGUGUCCCUGGUUGCCUCUUUCGAAGCUCUCCGAGUGGCAGCUCUCUAAACUUGGUGUACCUGGUCUUUCAGGAACGCCGAAUGCCAUGUCUGACGGUCACUUGGGCAAUGGAUUAGAACAAGGUUCUCGACUGUAUCUGCUUAUCAUUGUUGCUGUCUGUGUCACCUUCCUACUCUCGGCACUCACCAUAAUAAUGUGUUACCGGGCGUGGUCCCGUCGGGCCACACAAAAGCUCGCCAUGGACUUGGAAGCGAAUGGGGCUGGGACCAUUGCGAACGGUCAUGAAGAGAAAGUGUCGGAGAAGCAUGAACUUUUGGCGAAGGCGCAGACCAGAACCAACGACAGUAAUGACAGAGAAGCUCUUGGGCAGCUGCCAGAAGUUUCUGACUCGACUAACGCGAAUGGCGUCUCCUUGAGUUCCCGGAUCUCCGAGGACGCAGUUUCCAGAGAUGACAUGACAUCUGCCAAGCGAACGGGUAAUGUCGACGAGGAGAACCGGCGGCACUCACAUUCUUCCCGACUCAAUCCCGAACCGAAGACUGGGGAUCUGGAACAAAUGACCUCCUUGGGGAUCCUUUAA